CCUGAACGCAGCACGGUUAGAUGCACGGCCCCUCUUCCGUUGCGUCAGUUCAAACAUGGCGGCGCCCCAUGUCGUGGUUGGUGUGGAUGGAGACAGCAGCGAAGCAGGGCUUGUUCUGUCGUGUGCAACCAACGGAGAUGUGAAGAGACCUCAGUUUGGGACACGUUUCCUCACGGACCCGCGGCAGGUCUUCCAGCACAACGCAUGGGACAAUGUGGAGUGGACUGAAGAACAAGAAGCGUCUGCUAAGAAGAAAGUCUUAGAAAACAAUCAGCCACUACCUGCAGAGAAACAAGAGGAAUACGACAGCCGGGCAAAUGAGUUCUGGAAUGGUUUUUACACAAUCCAUGAGAAUCGUUUCUUCAAAGACCGUCACUGGCUCUUUACAGAGUUCCCAGAGUUGGCCCCACAGUGUAGCCUCAACCAUGAGUCCCAUCUCGAGGUCUCUGGCACAGAUGUCAGUCAGCAGGAUUCUCUGGAUCAAGAACAAAGAAAGGAAGUUGCCGCUUUGUCUCCCACUGAUGGUGACAUCCCUGGCUCCUCUGCCUCAUAUCGCAUUCUAGAGGUCGGCUGCGGUGUAGGCAAUACAGUUUUUCCAAUACUGAAAACCAACAAUGACCCGGGACUCUUUGUUUACUGUUGUGAUUUCUCCAGCACUGCUGUGGAGUUGGUCAAGACUAAUCCAGAGUACGACCCUGGGCGCUGCUUCGCCUUUGUUCAUGACUUGAGUGAUGUGGGAGCCAAUUACCCCAUCCCAGAUGGAACCCUUGAUGUUAUAGUGCUAAUCUUUGUGUUAUCAGCAUUGCAUCCCAACAAGAUGCAGGCAUCCAUCAGUAGAUUAGCGCGGCUGCUGAAGCCUGGGGGAGUGAUGCUGCUCAGGGACUAUGGACGCUAUGAUAUGGCACAGCUUCGCUUUAAGAAAGGACGGUGUCUGUCAGAGAACUUUUAUGUCCGAGGUGAUGGAACGAGAGUAUAUUUCUUUACUCAAGAUGAGCUCCAUGGGAUGUUCACUGACGCAGGAUUUGAGAAAGUGCAGAACCUCGUGGACAGAAGGCUCCAGGUGAAUAGAGGCAAACAGCUCACUAUGUACAGGGUGUGGAUCCAGUGCAAGUAUCGCAAGGCUCUAGCCACUUGAGGCCCAGGAUGGAGACAGGGAAGAGAACACGCCUGGUUUGACCUUUACCUGAACCACUGAAACUAGGAGAUCAAAUCAAGGCCUUUUUCUGAGGACGUGUCGAAUUGAGAAGUGAUAAAGGGAUGCAAUUGGAUAGGUAAAUGCUGUUAUGGCCUUCCACUAUCUCAGCUGUUCAGUGUUGGACUUGUUUUAUGGCUAGAGUUCCAUAUGGUGCUGCAAUUCUACCUGCAAAAGUGAUGAUUUCUCAUUUUGUGCUGAAGAGUUCAGUAAUCUGAGAAAGGACUGGUUACCUAUGUUUAAGUGUUUCUAUUGUGCCAGAUGCAGUUUUUAAUGAACUGAUUUUUUAAUACAUUGCAUGAGUUUAAAAACAAAUUUAUGAUCUUUUUGUACAUGCAAAAUCAAUAAAA